UAACCUACGAUGUAAGCAUCUUGUGCUUUCAAUGGAAGAUGCUUUUGUUAACUUCCUUCAAGACAACAAUACUAGCACAGAUGAUGGGAUUUUAGAGUUGGAACCCAUGGAUUCAUACAGUCGCCUUCUCUUGCAUCGCCUUGCUGAUAUUUUUGGGUUUCUUUCUUUCUUUUUUCUUUUAUUCCAAAAAGAAAAAUUAAAUAUUGAUAAUUUUGUUUUUUGGUGGUGGUAGAUUUGCUCAUGUAUCUGUUGGUGAAGGUGAUGAACGGCAUUUAAUUUUAGAGAGAUGCCCAGAGACAUCAGUGUAUGUGAUAACAUUCAUGAAAGGGCUCUUUUUUACCGUUUAUUAAGGGAAAAGUUUCACCAUUUUUUGUCAUGUCAUGCUAUCAUCCAUAUCUAGGGUUUCUAUGCUAUUUCCUUACAUCAAUUUGUUAUUCUAUUAUGGUUGCACCUUCCAAAUUCAAUCACUUGAGAAAGACUCAAAUACAUAUACCUUCCAUCCUUGUUAAUGACAUCUUGUUUCAAUAUGAUGAACCUGAGCCUCUUACGAUGUCACACCAAUUAUUGAGAAGAGAUGGUGCUUCUCCUGUGUUGAAGGAAAAAUCACCUUCUUUUCUUACUCUUGAGGAGAGGGAAGCAGCUUAUUCGGCGGCCCGUGAACGAAUUUUUUCAGUGGAUGUGGGAGAGAUGAAAGAGCCUCAGAGGCAGAAGCCGCGAAAUGUUCCUGUGGUCGCACGUAGAAUGAUUGCUCACGCUUUAGGUCAAAAAUUAAGUCCACAGAAGAAUUGUAAAGGAUACGAAGUGCAAACCACCCUGUUGAAUGUCCAAGACAAGGAUAAAAUUGAUCCCAUGGAAGAUUUUGAGGGAACCAUAUUCCAGCCUCAGAAAUAUGUUGACUCACAUGAUAAAGCAAAGAGCAAUAACCGUCAGUGUAGUGCAUCAUCGCCUGGUAAGAGGAAUAUGUCCCAUGCACCUGCUUGUAAGAUGUCUACUGAUAUGAGCACAUCUCAUAACGGAUCAAGUAGAAAUCGUGUCAAGGAAUACUCAAAAGAGGAACACGUGGGAGCCGCAAAGAGGAUGCUUGCUCAUGCCUUGGGACUGCAAUCAUCAAAGGGUGGUCUUGCAAGAUGCAGUGCAACAAAGCCAGUUGACAUGGAGUGAGGGUUGAAUGUUCUUUUGGUGUGAGAAAUUGGUUUGUUUUCGUUCUGUUGGGCUCAUGGCAGAAGCUCUUCAAUUAUCCACAUUAACCACCUGCUUGUUGAUGGCAUGUAAGCGAGAGAACAUGUUUUGCAGACUACAGGACCAAACACCAAGAUGUAGCAGGUGGUACUUCCAUCUGCAUUUGGUUGUCUGCAGGUAAUUUAUUUGCCUACCCAAUGCAGUAGCUAUUUUAGAGAAGGCUGUGUUAUUGAUGAAGGCAGUGCUGCAUAAAGCAUGGUUGAUGUUUCUAUUACACUGGAAGAGCCAUGUCAGCAAAAACAGGAGCUGCUUUCCAUAGUUGUUAGCAACUUCUUCCCUAGUGCACAUUAUCCAAACCUGAGCUACCCUUGGUAGUAUCGUUGUGCAUGUGAUCAGAGACAAUAGAAUCCGCAUGGAAGCUCGUUGAAAUUCUUCUGUCUUUAUUAAAAUAGUCUACCUAAGGUCGAUGGCCACCUGACUCCUUGAAAGGAGAUUCAGGCUUUGGCAAGCAUAAUUACAUAUGUUUUUUAUGUUAUACAAUGGACGAAAGUUGGUGACUUGUGUUAUUUUUCCUUUCCUUCUCUCUUAAUCAUUAGCUAUUUCUUUUUA